CUGGCUUCAGCUCAGUUCUGGUAGUACUAGUGGAAAGGUCUAAUUUUGCAGUGUACAGGCAUCUUAAAGGAUAAUGAAAACGGCAAUGUACAGUUAAUUGACCAGUGUUCAAAGAGCCAUAACACCCAUCUUUAAAUCGCUUCCUCAAUGAAAACAGACAUGGUCAUGUGAGGGGGGGAAAUUGUGUUAUUUAUGUAAGGACACUUUUGUUGUGAUGUGACAAAAAUGACAACCAUUCGCCACAGAACUCCCGGAUCAUACGUCCAUUUCCAAUGGGGAACUGUGUUUCUAAUCCUCUUGUCAGCUCACCAUCUAGGUCUUGCACAGAAUUUCAACUCGCCGCCGCUUCUUAUUCCUGAACCGAGAACAUGGAACAUUCACAUUGAUGAACCAGUCGGGACUCGAGUGGCAACCAUCGACGUCAAAGAUCACGAUAAUGACGAAAUUGAAUUUGGGAUUGAGCCAGGUCGUCCUAUUCCUGGUCUGGGACAAAAGGAUGGUUCCCAGUACUUUGUUCUGGUUAAAUACGGAGGAGUGGGGAUUGUCAAGCUCAACAAAUCAUUGUCAGAUCUAAAAGUUGGAGAUACGCUGUCUGUGUCCGUGGUCGGCAAUGACGGAUCCAUCACCAGUCGCAUUGACAUCCAUGUCUCCAUCAAAGGACCAAUUCAUGGAGGCGAACCUCCCAUCAUUCCCAGUUCCACGUCGACCAAAGCUCCACCAACGAGUGAGACGGUCACGGUUGAAACUACUAUGACCACAACUAACCCAACCAAGGCACCUUCCAAUGCACCAUCCAAAUCAUAUGAGAACAUUCAGGACACGACCCACAGCAAUUCGGAUGAAGGCGAAGAACACGGAUAUCAUAUGUAUGUGAUCACGUUGGUUCCAGUCUUCAUUAUUGGGCCGGCUUUGGCGGUUGGGAUAUUCUUGAUGCGUCACAAAAUAAAGCAAUAUCGCUCUUAUUUGUGUUGUGGGACCUCAAAGAGUAUGGACAAGGAUGACAUGCGGAUUGAGGAGGCCAACGGAGAGUUCUCACAUGAAAUGCACUUCAAUCUGGAAAGUGACAAUCCUCGAUCCAGGAAAAUAUCUAUGAACUCCUCUCAUGUAUACUCAUCAGAUCCAACAGCACCGCCCUCCGGGAUAAAUGGGGUGGAUCCAAAUGACCCAAUAUUGGAAGAUCUUAAAUGGGAAUUUCCGCGUCAUCAGCUCAAGAUUGUGAGCAUGCUUGGCGAGGGUUGCUUUGGACAGGUCUGGAAAUAUGAUGCAGAGGACAUCGCCAAUGUGACAGGAACAACCACAGUGGCUGUUAAAACCUUACGAAGUUCAGCCACCGAGAAAGAGAAGCGGGACCUUCUCCAUGAGUUGGCCAUGAUGAAGAUGCUGGAUCCCCAUCCUAAUGUGGUCUCGCUCUUGGGAUGUUGCACAGAAAAAGAUCCAAUCUUUAUUAUCAUCGAAUAUGUCAACGGCGGGACUUUGCAAGAGUACUUGAGAAAAUCCAGAUCCGAACACAAUUACCGGAAUCUCCAUGGCGAGAGCCAAUCCCUCACAGCUCGAGAUCUUACUUCGUUUGCAUUCCAGAUUGCCAAGGGAAUGGCUUAUCUAUCUUCCAAGAAGAUCAUUCACCGGGAUUUGGCAGCUCGGAAUAUCCUCUUCUCCUAUGAUGAUCAAGUAUGCAAAAUCGCAGAUUUCGGCUUCGCUCGCGACAUCAUGGGCAAUAACGUCUACGAGCGCAAGUCCGAGGGUCGACUCCCCAUUCGUUGGAUGGCUCCAGAAUCUCUUUAUGACAACUGCUACACCACCAAGUCAGAUGUGUGGUCUUUUGGCGUUCUUAUGUGGGAGAUCGUGGCCUUGGGCGCCACUCCCUACCCUGGCAAAUCCGCCAGCGAGGUCAUGAAGUUCGUCCGUGAGGGUGGGCGUCUGGAGAAGCCGCCCCAUUGUGAUCGGCAGUUGUUCAAUGUGGUCAAGAAUUGUUGGGGUGCAGAGGCAGAUGACCGACCUUCGUUCGAGGAUUUGGUAGAGGACUUUGAGAAUCUUCUGGUUACCGAUACCGACUACAUUGACUUGAACAUGUUCCCUGAGCAUGCCUACUAUAACGAGAUCAGCUUGAGUGAUGAGAAGGUUUGAGGAGUGAUCAAACCUAAACAACCAAGAAACUGACUUGAAAGAGAUACCAACACUAUUUAGUCAAAUCACCAAAGCUUACCCUUCUUUUAUACGAAAUGACAUGUUAUUAAAAGUAUUUGCAUGAUUAUGAUAAAAUACAAAUUGGAUCCCAAA